AUGUCGAUGAAAACCUCUUGCAAACAACUCGGCCCGACACCCAUCACCAAGCCAAAGUCGCCUGAAGCAGCUCUGCACCGUGAGAUGGUGGAGCUUGUCAAGAUCGCCAAAGAGCUCGGUGGCAAGCAGUUGGUCAGCGAGUACGAGAAGGAGGAAAAGUAUCUCCAGGAAGUCUUGGGGCAUUACCCUACCACACUCGCGGCGCAGCACUAUAAGCGGAUUGAGAAGCUUACCAAAGGCCUUGUUCAGGAGUUGAGGGGGAAGGUUGAUGGUACUGAAGAGAUGUGGCAGCAGAUGACGGUGAGGGAGAAUUGCAACAAGGUUAUCAAUGCUGCGAGGAGGUGGCUGCCGGAUGAGGUCUUGUAUAGCUAG